CAGGCCCGGCCACCAAUGACUUGCGGGUGGGCGGAGCAGCGCGGCCAAUGCGGUCGGGAGGCGGGGCUGGACAGCUGCCGUUACCGUCUGUCGCAGGAGGCAGCCGCGGGCCGGGGAGUGUGUGAGGUGAGCGUGGGACGUGGAGCUGCUGUCAUGAGCUACUCAGGUUAUGGCAACUGGAACUCUGGGACAAACAGAGGGUACGAGGGAUAUAGUUAUGGAUAUGGAUACGGUCAAGAUAACUCUGGCAAUUAUGGGUAUGGUAUGGCCACUUCAAACUCUUGGGAAAUGCCUAAUUCAGACACAGACCCUAACGCUUCCACGGGCGCCGAUGCUGUUAUAGCAAAAAUGAACCAGCGCUUAGAUAUGGUGUCUCAUCUAGAAACGGACACAAUGCAAGGAGGACAUUAUGGCUCAGGUGGAGACAGGUAUGAUACAUAUGAGUCCUACGACUCAAGGUCUUCACUGAACGACCGUGAUCUAUACAGAUCCGGCUAUGAUUACAGUGAGGCUGAACAUGACACCGAAAAUGCCUAUGAAGGUUGCUAUGACAGCUUCUAUGGGAACCACAGGGACCAGUACCAGAACAGAGCACGGGACAACUUUGGCCAGCGGGGUCAGAACUGGGCCAGAGACGGGCGAAAUAACAGACCCAUGGCAUCUUCAUAUUCCGGGCACAUGGGCGGACAGUGGAAUGAGCCGCCACAGCCAAUGGGAGGGCGGGGCCAUGGUCCCCACGGCUCCUCUAGGCUCCCAUCCCUCUUCUCCCACAACAUUAUCCCAGAACUCAGCAUGUUCCAGGGAAUGCGAGGUUUCUCUGGAAACAUGCGCUUUGGAGGAGGCGGCAUGAAACAGCGAAUGAGGAGAAACUGGAAAAUGUGGGACGCAGACUUUAAAUCACAGAAAAAGAAACUGAAGAAGGACCCUACUUCUAAGAAGAGAAAACAAACUGACAGCACUGAUGAACCUGACAGCAAGGCAGCAAAAACUGAUGGCUCUGACAACUCCGACUCUGAGAAUGAGGAAGGGACUGAAGGAGAAGCAGCAGAGAAGGAGGGCUCUAAAGCUGAGGGUGAAGAUGAAGAAGGAAAAGAUUCUGAGAAAGGUGCUUUAACAAUUCAAGAAGAGAUCAGUCAAAUCAAGCGCAAAUUGCAGGCAGGCAAGAAAACUCAAGAGAGGCAGAAAAAGAGGCAUCGGGAUCGCAUGGUAGAAAGGAUUCAGUUUGUUUGUUCGCUGUGCAAAUAUCGGACCUUCUAUGAGGAUGAGAUGAAUGCUCAUCUGGAAAGCAAAUUCCACAAGGAGCACUUCAAAUUUGUUGGAACAAAACUGCCUCAGCAGACAGCUGACUUCCUCCAGGAUUACGUUGCUAACAAAACAAAGAAAACCGAAGAACGCCGUAAAGCAAUUGAAGAUAUUAAUGCAGUUAUCCAACAGAUCUAUAAAGACCAAGAUCUUACCCAAGAUAUUGGCAUGGAACACUUCAUUAAAAAGGUGGAGGCUGCUCACUGUGCUGCAUGUGACCUCUUCAUUCCAAUGCAGUAUGGCAUUAUCCAGAAGCAUCUGAAGUCCCUUGACCACAACCACAACCGCAGAGCCAUGAUGGAGCAGUCCAAGAAAUCAUCUUUAGUAGUUGCGAGAAGUAUUCUCAAUAACAAACUAAUCAGCAAGAAAUUGGAGCGGUAUUUGAAGGGUGAGAAUCCCUUCACAGAUGAUCCAGAAGAGAAAGAGGAGCAUGAGGAAGGAGAGGGUGGAACAAGUGGAAAUGCAGAGGAGGGAAUAGCUGAAGGAGCGGAUGAAAACAAGAUUGACGCAGAAAACCAAGAUGAAGAAAAUAAAGAUGAGGAAAGCCAAGACCGAGAGGAGAACCCAGAAGCAAGAGCAACUGAGAAUCAUGGGGAGCAAGAGGAGAUUCAGGCAGAGGCACAGGCAGAAGUAGAAGCAGGAUAUGCAGAGGAGAAGAAUUCACAAGUUGCAGAGGAAACCCUCACUGCUGAGGAGGAAGAGCAACUGCUGGAAGGAGGUGAGGAAGAAAGCAAAGGAGUUACUGCAGCAGAAGAGGAUGAGCCCGUGGAGUAGACUCUGGAUGGGGAAGCCGACCUGUUUAAGACCCAACAUUAAGUUGUUUUUUUUGUUUUUGUUUUUUUUGUUUGUUUGUUUGUUUUUUGUUUUUGUUUUGUUUUUAAAGCAUAACUAUCUGUGAAAUUUCAUAGUAUGUUUUUGGUUAUCAUUCUACUAAACUUUCACCUAGUUAUGGCAGUUGAACGCCUCUAUCUGUAAAGUGUUUUUGGAAAUAGAUUUUUUUUUUUACCAAACCUUCAUUUUAGUAGCUAGGUUUUGUGCAGUCCAAGUUUUUAGAUGGCUUUGUAAUAGGAGAAUUUCUUUUGAGCAUGUGUACAAAACAAAUUGUGCUAAUGCACUACGUACUAAAUCACAAUCCGGCAGAUUAAAUCUCUUACUAUCUUCCCUGUAAAACUUUUAUAUAUUUAAAAAAAGUGGGUUGUCCCUUAGCCAGCCUUCCUGGAAGCAAAAGGAGCCUCAAACCCAGGGUUUAAAAUUCUGCAGUGUAUGCUGUAAAAUUCUGCAUAAUUUCCGUGUGACUGUAGUACUCUUCCCAAUGUUUUACUCUUCCUUUUUAAUGCAAAGCAAAAAUAAGUGGUGUUGACAUUGUAUUGUUUGUAAAAUGCUUUCAUUUAAAGGUGAAUGUUUUCGGUGGGUGGAGAUAAAGCACUACACUGAGAUUACCCCCUGUGUGCGCCUUAAUUUCUGAAGGUGGAGGCACCAGAACUCUUCUUACACCCAUCUUCAUUCAUACGAAUUUCUUAGUUUCUAGCUCUCAUAGAACCACCACUGAUAUCCUACAACUCGCCCUCCAGUUCACCCAUCCCCUAGCACUCAAAGGCAAGUAAGAUAACAUCUUGCUUCUUACUAUCCAUAUUAAAAUUGGACUCAACUCUUUUUCAUGCAGCUCCCUGCUUUGAUUGAGACUAUAUUAGUCUCUGUUUACAAUUAUAAUCUUCAAUUUACAAUCUUUACUCCCUGCCAUCCCCCUCAAACAAACCAGUUCUUCCUGUUUUGGAGCUUAGCAAGUAUCUACAGGCUUCUCCUUCUUCCUGGCUCUGCAUAGAUGCUUAAGGGCACCUACCUGGCCAUGCAAUAAAUGUUGUAGCCAUCCAUCACAGUAGGCAAGGCCAAGGCCAAUUUUUGUAAACAAGUGAAGUUUUGGGAAUUUGCCUAUGCCUCAAAUUCUAGUGGUAUUUUACAGUAGGUAAAGCUAGAAGUACUCUACUGAAGAUGGGUUUUCUGGCUAGUGACCUAAUCUUUGUUUACAUAAUGUCAAUUUUGAGCCUCUAAAUAUGGGUUGACCAAUUGCCUGUAAGUAUUCAAAAAAAUUCUUGUGUACCCCGAACGUAAUGACAAUAAUACUCUUCCUGUGCGGAGUUACAAGUGAAGAGGAAUAGUGGCAAAUAAUGUGUAGCUGCUACUGAAUGACUUCUAUUAAGGAUAACUUUUAAUAAACUAAGCAUGACCAUCUUUCAUCAUACAUUCCAGGAAAGAAUAGUUGGGUGGCUUGCUACAACCAACCAGACCAUGACUAGAUAAAUCUGCAGGCUAGAGCCUAGAACCCUGAUUCUUUGUUCUAGAAACAUUGGCCUAUAUACUACUAAGCAAAGUCAGAACUUCCAUUCGUGGUAACAUAUGGACAGGGCCAUAUGGACUUUGCAGCUUCCUGGUGGUGGAACUUACUGCAAUUCAUCCUUUGUUCCAGAAUCGAAAUGUUCAUUUUAAAAAAAGUGUCUAGUCCAUGUGGAUACAAAGCUUUCAUUUUGACUAGAAAUCUUAAAAUUAUUUUUAAGAAAUGUAAAAGUGGCCAUCACGUGAAAUAUAGCCUCUGAAUUUUAAUUCAUAUUGGAGUUCAUGUUGGUUUGGUGCAGAUUGGGGUGAUACUCAAAAAGGUUUUAAAAAAAAAAAAAUCACUUUUUAAAAAAAAAAUAAUUUAUGGGAUCUUGCAAAAAUCUAUAAGCUGUGGUCUGUUGUGGUUUUGUUUUGUUUUUAAAUGUAUUUAGUCCUACUAACUUUACACCUGCUGCUUAGAACAAUGCCAGUUUAGAAGCAGGUAUUACUUCUCUGUUUUGCUCUGUAAAUGUUUUUAAAGUUGUGUUCCCUAAAUACAUCAGCAUGAAGCAGACAUUUAUCACUGUUGCUAUUCCUCCCCAUAGCAGUUAAUGCGGCAGUCUGCAUAGGUAUUUGGGUGACGGACUGUGCCCAGCAUGAUGAUAGCUGUGUGUGUGAGAGAGCCAUCAAAUACGCUGUAGAUUAGCGUACAGUGCCCUGAGUGAAGAACCACAAGCCCAUGACUAGUCUCUUUACAGUUCUUGCACUUCACCGUCCUGAUCAACCUAGACCAUGAUUACAAUUUUAGAAAGCAAUCAGCUAUGAGCCAUGCUCCCUUUGCAAAUAAGCCAACAGGUUAAAAACAAGUUUACUUCAGAUGUAGUUGUGAAUAGAACCCAGCUCUCUAAUAUGGCAGACCCAAAACUACAGGUGUUCUUUGGUAAUGCUGUGAACCUCUACCCUACAGUGUCAUUUCAGAGCUGGCAUUAGAACCCAGGCUUCCUGAUCUCUCAUUUUCUACAGCUGUUUACCAGAUCAUUUUGUGACCCAUUGGGAAAGUCUGCAUCAAGGCCCCUUCUAGUGCCUGAGGCUGUAGCUGUGCUAGGUAGUAUUAGGUAUACUCUAGCAACAAAGCAUUCCUAGUGUGGAUGCAGCUUAUAUUGGCAAAACUCAGCUACUUCUGCUGAUGUAGCUUAUUCCACACCUACCCCAAGCAAAACAAGCUAUACCCAUAAAAGCACAACUUUGGUGGUAAUAUUUCAUCUAUAUGAGGGUUUUGACAGCAUGGCUGUAUUGGUCAGGGAUCACAUCUCUUCAUGCUCCUGUCCCACAUAGCUGUGGCAACAGCAGUCUGUAGGGUAGAUACAGCCUUAAUUGUGGCCUUAGCAAUGUGAAGAAAGAAUAACUUCCCAAAUGCAUGGAAUGGGUGACAGAAGGAUGUGCCAAUUUAUUGAUCCAAGUGCAUAUGAGGUUGCCAAUUCAAGUUUUGCAUUUAGAGGGCAGGUUUGAUGGCGCUGGAGUAUGGAUUGCUUUUCAGUAUCCAGGGGAGGUGGAAGUGAAAGCCUUGUGGAGUAUCGGAGUGUUAGUGGCAGCACUGUUUAAGCAAUCUGAAGAUAGCAAGGAAUGCAGAGGACUUAUCCCCUAACUUCUCAUUUCCAUGCUUUUUAAGGCUUUACGUGGGGUGUCCCUCAAUUUAGUCUUAAGUCGCUAAACUGUGUGUUAGGGAUAAACGCUGUAUUUAUAUAACAUUGUUAAAUGCCCAAAAACUUCAUUAAUGCAGAGUUCAAAUUGCCCAGAGCAGCCUUGUGCCCUCCAAAAUGUGGAGAGUGGCUAAACUUAAACAUCUGAAAAUGAGGAAAUACCAAGUUAAGAUGCAUGCUAUCUCUGCAACACACUCUUAACUCUGCCAUCUUUGACCAAUGCCCCAUACUAGCACUCUCUCCUAAUGCUACAGAAUACUGGGAACAGAGCACAUAAGACUGUCUACUGUGCUCAACACCUAUGGCUACAGCAAAACUCAAGCUAAGGUGCAGUAUACAGUAUCUACAUUCAAACACUGAUUCUACACAUAACAUACAAAAAGUUGGAUGGUUACCAGCCCUUCACCCUUGCUCUGAGGAUUCCACCUGAGACACUGCCUUCACCUACCCUUCACUAAGCCUUGGAGAUGUUGCCCUGCAUGGCAGCAGACUGCUGACAAAUGCCAUGGCAAGAAGACACCCGGGUGCACCUCUGUAGAUGCAACCUGCAGAACUCAGUGCUGAAAUGAGGCAUAGUGGAUCCUUCAAUGCACCUAGUCAUAUUACAGAACAGAACAGUUCUGUUAAGUUGCUCUAACUAAUCCCUCCACCAUCCAAUACAGCUACACUUGACGUGGUGAAGGCAGCUAGAGUGCAUGCAGUUAAAUGCUGCAAUCCAAAGCUGCAGAGCACAAAACAAAUACUGUAACAUUCUUUCAGAACUUCCUCCUGUCUACCUACCCCCUUACUGAACCAUUCACAAUGGCUAUUGCCAGCUCUAGGGGAGCAGACUUAAGGUUGUGUUGUGGGGGUGGCAUGUAUCUUGGUAUUUCCUGGUUUUCAGAGAUUUAAAUUUAGCCACUCUUCACAUUCUGCACUGACAUGUGACAGUGCUGGACAACCUUAAGUCUGUGUUAAUUAAGUUUGUUGAUCAUUUAAUUUCUGUGGUUUUAAAAA